UUGUCCUGUUUUCUAUACUCCGCUCAACUCAGAUCAAAUACAAAGAUAAGUUUUACAUUUCUUUUUCACCGUUUGAAGAAUGUCUGAACAUUUUUAAAAUACAUUUUUAUCUAUGCUGCUUUAUGUUUUGACACAAAGUAACAGAUGAGUGGAUAAAUGCUUUCAAACAACAGACAAAAUAUAUUUUUAAAUCAGUUGAAACCUAAAAGUAAUACAUUUCUAACGGUGGUCUGUUAAUCAGAAAAGCUUGAGACAAAUGUGAAAGGGGAAGUCAAGGCCUGUUUAUGGUGUAAAGGUUAUCCAUACCAGAAGCAUUACAUGACUAGCAAAACAUUAACAGCUAGAAAGCGGUGAACAAUCGCUAAUGACCCAAAUGCGUGGAACAAGCCUGCAGUUAUUUCAGUGUUGAUCAUUUGUGAGUGCUGACUGAAAGCAUAUAGUCAGCAAUAUGAACAGCAUUCUUCAUCUUUUUCUGCUUUCACUUCCAAUAGCCGCUCCAAAAGGCUCUCACUCUUUAUGGUUGCUUGCAACAUACAUUAAAGGACAAACAUCAUUUCCUGAAUUUAGCUAUAUAGCAAUGUUGGAUGAUGUCAGAAUUAUGUUUUAUAACGGUGAGACGAAAACUCUCCAUUCAAGAGGAAAUACAACAGCUGAAGAGGAUGUGUUUGAUUCAAAUGUUCUUCUGACUAUAAGUGACUACAUACAAUCAUCUUUUAUGGAAAAAUGGUUAGAAGGAACAAAUAAUUUAAAUAAAACCUAUGGUGUUCUUGCCCUUCAGAGGCUGGUUGUGUGUGAGCUGAGGGAUGAUGGUGAACCGGGACAAAUGAUCACACGGGAUGCUUUCAGAGGAUCCACCACUGAUGAGCUGCUAUAUGUUGACAAGAAUUUUACAUAUCAGGGUACUUUAAAUAUCUCAGCUCAUUUGCUGAAAACCCAUCUUGAAAUCAGCAAGAGGAACCAUGAACAUUUAUACCACCCAUACUGCAUCAAAACACUCAGUGGUUACCUUAAAAAAAGGAGAAAGCAAGUCAAUAGAGAAGUGAAACCCAAAGUCAGGCUCCUCCAGAAAGAUCUAUCUUCUGGGUUUCGUGUGAGUUGUUUGGCAACAGGAUUUUACCCUCGUCACAUCAACCUGACCCUGUUCAGAGACGAGCAGCCUGUAGCUGAUCAUGAGAUCACUGGAGGAGAUCUGCUGCCCAAUGAUGACGGGACGUACCAGAUGAGGAAGAGUCUGGAGAUCAGUGCUGCAGACAAACACAAAUACACCUGCUCUGCCACACACCUCAGUCUGGACAACAAACUGGACGUCACUUUGGGUAAUGAGCUCUUACAGAAAACACAAUCUAACAGUCAAAACAAAAACAAAAAGUCAAUCUCUCAGUCUUUGGUUGAUGUUUCAGAGUUUGAUCACGGGGAACCAUUUAAAUCAGUGAUUCCUUCACUUACGGCGGUUUUGGCUCUGAUGUUGGUGUUUGGAGCUGCAGCUGCUGUUUGGAAAAGACAAUGUGCAGAGUCUAUUAAAAGUGGUCAUUGUACUGCUUCUGCAUCUGGCGAAAGUGAGGACACAACAUCAACAUUCAUGUCAAUGUCAUGAGACUAUUCAAUGCUGAUGAAUGGAGAAACAUCAAACAGCAGACAAAAUAUGUUCUGGCAAAGUCCUUUUUAAAAUGUAUUUAUUCAUUUAUCCUCCUGAGACGCUAUUUAUUUUUAAAUAAAUCCUCUCUCUUUUCCUCUAAUUUAGCAUAGUCUAAUUAGUACAUUUAUGUGACUACAGUUUCCAGUGUAAUUUACUCGGUGCAUGAGGCCUAUGACAAUACUAUCAUAUGUCUGCAAGUCAGUCGUUUUGUCAAGCAUGACA